AUGGGGAAUCCUCCUGUUCUUGAAACGCACAAUGCCAGUAAUAAUACUGCUACGAAGAAGGAGAAGAGAAGAAGACGGAUCCAUCCUAUCCGGCGCAUCGCAAGGUUGAUUCUUGGCAGUGGAAAGCAGCAGAAGAAAGAGGAUGUGAGACGACUUGGUGACCAAUUAGAGGAAGGAAGGACAUGCCAUGGCGCAUCUAGAUGGCACAACCUGUUACCAUUUCUCGAGCCGCUGUUUGCCCUGGACCCAAAGUUGUCCUUCAUUGAAGACCGCAUCCUCGGUCGAACCGCACCAACGACAACGCCUCACGAUGACAUCAACUUCACUCUCCCGAAAGACCUCGCCUCGCUGAAGAAUGCAGUUGAAGAAGCAGACCUCCCUUGUACCUGCGACGAAUGCGCCCCCAAACUCUACAAAAUCAGCACUCUAGCCUCCCAUGGCACGAUAGAAGACCGGCGGAACCGACCCUCACAGACACAAUCCAAGCACAACCGGUCGUUUUCCUACCAGAAUGACAAAAAGACAAUCGGUCUCGGACCGCAACUCACACUCAGAUUCCAUGGCACCUACGAAACAAUGACAUUAGUACGGCAUCACAUCGCUUGGCUGGACGCAACGUAUCUGCAUCCAUCCGCACGCCCCACGCCAUCUGUACACCACCUCCGCAGCCUGAUAGCGACCUGGCAUCCGCACAUCACGUCACCUGAUCUCCGAAGCUCCCUCUCGACAAGUCAACUAAGCGACCUUUUUACGCAUCUGAACCGCAUUUUCUUCUCGGAUCAAGUACCGCCGCAUAACAAGACGUUAAGCGCGGGGUUCAGCUAUCUGGAUGCAAGACAGACCGAGUGUUUUGGCAAGAGUUUUUACAACCCGUUAGUCGGGACACAGGUGCUUUUACAUCCGGUGCUGUACCGCGGGUGCUUUCAAUACCAGAAUCUCGGUCAUCACGAUAGUCUCGACCCUACCAUACAGCGACGGCAACAACAGCAAAUAUCAACACGUCUGCACAACCGUCUUGGGACUCUCCUCCAUGAGAUGUGUCACGCGUUUCUCAAAGCAUACACGUGUCGUUCUUGCUCGAUGCACGAUUCUUGUAUCGGACCGCUAGGCCAUGGACGCGCGUGGCAGAUGCUGGCGAAGAAGAUUGAGCAGGUUGCUACUGUAGUUUUAGGAGGGACGGUAGACAUGGGGAGGUUUCCUAGUCUGCUGAGGGAUUCUUUAGUAAUGAUACCCUUCGAUUUUGAUAACAAGUGUUGCCCACAAGCUGCCAUGUCACUUUCUUCAGGGAGAGACAACAUGACUACUAUCUUCUGUAUCCGAUAUGAAUGA